GUUUUUUUUUUUUUUUUUAAAGAUAGGGUGUGUUCUGUUAUAUUAUGCUAUUCAGAAAUCAAAGUUCACAUAAUACAACAGUUAACAUAAACCUUGGAUGUGUAAUCGUUUUAUAUGUAGCCAACUGUAAUCUUAUUGGCCAAGUGUUGACGGCCAAGUAGUCACAUGAUAGAAACAGGAAACAAGAUCAUGGGUUUUGUGUACGGCGGUGUGGAAGGCGGUGGAACUCACUCCAUUGCACUCAUCGUGUCUGACGAUGGGAAGGUGCUUGCAAAGACCGACGGACCCAGCACCAACCACUGGCUUGUUGGUGUGGAUAAGUCCAUUGAAACCAUCAAUGACAUGAUCCAGAAGGCCAAAGUUGAGGCAGGUCUGGAUCCAGACACGCCCCUCCGGGCACUGGGCAUGUCUUUAAGUGGCGGGGAGCAAAAAGACGCCAUUCAGAAGCUCAUAGACGAGAUGCAGCGGAGGUUUCCAAAGCUAAGCCAGAGCUAUUACAUCACCACUGAUGCCAUCGGGGCCAUCGCGACUGCCAGCGACCAUGGUGGUGUUGUAGUGAUCUCUGGAACGGGAUCAAACUGCAAGCUGGUGAACCCCGAUGGCUCCGACGUGGGAUGCGGAGGCUGGGGCCACUUGAUGGGCGACGAAGGGUCAGCUUUCUGGAUUUCCCAUUUGGCUGUGAAAACAGUGUUUGAUGCCAAAGACAACUUAGUCAGUCCACCUCAUGACAUCGCUUAUGUUAAGAGGGCCAUGGAGGAGUACUUCCAGGUGUCCGACUUGAUGGGCAUGCUUCCCCACCUCUACAGAACCUUCCAGAAGUCUCACUUUGCUGGAUUCUGCAAGAAAGUAGCAGAAGGUGCUGCUGCCGGGGAUGCCCUUUGCCAGCACAUUUUUACGCAGGCUGGCAGAGUCCUGGCACAGCAUAUUGUUGCGGUCCUCCCCCAUGCCCAGGAGGCUCUGUUCUCUGGUGAGCUGGGACUGCCCAUACUGUGUGAGGGAGCCGUCUGGGCCAGCUGGGAGCUGAUGAAGGCUGGUUUCACUGACGUACUGGCGCAGGCGAAAGGUUGCAGUGGGGGCCAUUUCCGUGGGUACAGCCUGAUGACCCUGUGCCAGUCGUCUGCCCUGGGUGGCGCCAAGCUGGGUGGGCAGAACAGCGGUGCAGCACUUCCACUGGACUAUGCUGCUAACGUCAACGUCUUCUACAAGCAUAGUUUUACCAACUAGUAAUAAUAAGGGAAAUAAUCUUAUCGGAAGUCAGUUAAAUUACUGACUUUGACCAGCAGUAAACAUUCUCAGCCUAUGGAAAGAAAUGACUGGGAGGGCUGCAUAGAUUUUCAUUGUAAUUAUUUUGACUGAGUAAUCACCUGACCUGAACCGAUGAGUAUGCCAUUUGAGCCCUGGAUCUCGUUCCUUAAUAAGGGGCUGGUCAUCAUAUUAUACAGCAAUUGAUCAUGAAACAAUAUGAAGUGAUUUGCAACAAAUCUGAAUCAGUUUGUGUUGAUAUUAUUAUGCUUUUUAAAGUAUUUUAUUAUUUCUCGAAAUAGAUGUCAGCUCAGAAAGUGAUACUGUUGUAAAACACUGUUCACUGUAAAGGUUCUAUGUUUUUUUUUAAUUAGUAAUAUUCAACUGUUUUCAACAUUGAUAUGCCAAUUUAACCUCCUGUACAGACAAGUCUCAUCAACAAAACAACUUUUCUUCUAAUAAACCGUUUACAUCA